AUGGCCUCAACAUCUGAAUGUAAACUUGCUGUGGUUGGAGGAGGUGGUGUCGGUAAAUCUGCUCUUACCAUCCGAUUCGUCCAGCCAGACACCUUUGCUGAAGAGUACGAUCCAACUAUUGAGGACAGCUAUAUUAAGCAAGUAACAAUUGAUAGUGUAACAUAUUUCCUUGAAAUUCUUGAUACAGCAGGACAAGAAGAAUAUCAAGCCUUGAGAGACGAUUAUAUGAGAAAGGGCCACGGAUUUUUGCUAGUUUUCAGCAUUAUCGAGAGAUCCACUUUUGAUGAAUUGAACAAAUUUAGAGAUCAAAUCUUGAGAGUUAAAGACAAGGACAAAGUUCCAAUGGUAAUGAUCGGCAACAAGUGCGAUUUGGAAGAGGAAAGAAAAGUGUCCACAGCCGAGGCCAAGAAUAAGGCUGAGGAAUGGGGUAUUCCUUUCUUCGAGGGCUCUGCCAAAUCCCGAAUCAACGUUGAGGAGUCCUUCUAUGAAUUGGUGAGAGAAGUCAGAAAGGAAAAGGAACAGCAGAGUAAUGCUCCUAAGAACACCAAGAAAGCACCUUCUGGAAAGAAGAAGAAGGGCUGUUUGAUCUUGUAA